AUCUUGGCUCGAGUUAUAUAAGAGGAAGAGUGUACAGUGCGGGUCAGUUUACUGACCACCUCACAGCAUCAGAUGAAUCAACCACUAAACCAGGCGGUUCUCUUCUAGAACAAAAGCACUAGGCUUCAUAUUCUAUCGUCAAUCAGCGUCAGGGCGAGCAAACACGUGUUUUUGAGCCGCUGAGCGUUAUGAAAUGCGGGUGCCCGCGUGAGCUGUAGAGCUCUACUGCAGCCAGCAGCCAAUCAGAGCCACGCGUCGCGUCACGUGUUCCUCGCGCGCGCUCUGCUGCACGGUCACAGGGGCAGAUAGAAAACAAUGCAAGCGAUCCUGGCGAGAAAAUAGCGAAGAAUGGACGAAUUAAACGCAUCAGUCGCUCUUUUGAGAGGAGGACGCUUUUAAGGCGAGAUAUAAACUAACAGUGUGCUGAGCCCAAAGGAAGGGAUUCUCACCAGUGAAAAACAGCUAAUGUGGAUCACGUAUUCUUUGAUUUUUGGACCAUAGGAUUGUUAACUUGAUGUCCUGACCAUGCGUUCACAACAAAGUUUCAUGUCAUUUAUGAACAGCAAGGCCAAUGCUAUACCUAGAAAAGACAUUGAUCGCAUGUGCUGCGCAAAAUGUCGCUUUUCCACCAAGGACACUGACCUGUUCGAGAGACACGUGUCCCAUCAUAAAGAGAUAACUUUCUCCUGUGCGCUCUGCAGCCAUGUCUCCUAUUCUAAAACAGAGUCUCAGAAACACGUCGUCUUGCACACCGGCUCGUACCCAUACAGGUGUAGCUUCUGCUCGUACGGGGCCGUGCGGAGAGAUUACAUGGUGAAGCAUAUUCUUCGUAUACACAAGAGUAAUGCGGAAGAAGGCUUCAUAACUGACUUCACUGUACCCACCCCAGAUACAGAAGGUCCAUCUGUUCCUGACACGCUCGAGAUUUCAGAUUGGCCUGAAAGGAAUGACCCGUGUACAAUUCCCAAUUUCCCUGUCGAACUCCCCAGUGGAAGUCAACCCAGCCAAUCAUCUGUUAUUAGUAGAACAGUGAACCAAACCAAGAGUAAUCGUGCCCGGAUGACCUACAGUUUCACGACGCCAUGUAUGACCAACACAGCAACCAUUCCGGUUUCUAAGACUCUGUUCACCAGUGCCAUUCCCAGCUGCGCUCCAAGCACGAGUCACUCAUUAGGCAACAUGCCACUAGUCAUUCUAAGAUCACGGGAGGCAAACGGCAACCUAUCGAACUCUCAACUCAGUGCCAAUGGGAAAAACAAGGUUUCCGUUUCGGAAAAGCUUAUUCAGAAAGCUAUGUUCCCAAGAGUCCAUGUUGGUUCUACGGAACCACUACAGCAAAGCCCAAGGGUUGGUGUUUCGGAAAAGGCUAUGGCAGCAAAAACCAUUCCCAGAGUCCAGGUCCGAGCACCUGUUGAAUUGAACACCCCACUCAGAGCGCUGCUUAAUACGCCCUUAUCCAAGAGGAAUAUCCAGAUGGAUCAGAGGUCUAGUCAGUUCACAACAGGGACUAACGUUGGGACGCAGAAACCAGUUGUACUUCCCAGCAGUACAAUCAAAAGUCCACUGUACUCCAGUGCAGAAAAGAGCAAUCAGUCAAGAACGACCUCCAGAGCACCUGUAGGAUCAUCAGCAGAGACAUCGAGCCCAUUAUCCAGUGUCCAAGUGGAACUGUUAGCGCCUUUGAACCAGCCAAUUCAACACAACAAGCCUUUGACCGUGUCCUGUCCAGAGGAGAUCAAUAUUCCUGCCGGGUGUUUGGUGGAACUGGUGGAGGUGAAAAACAUCAACGGGACUCGGGAGUUGGAGCUACGGUUGAUCCCACCAAAUGGGAUCCCGCAAGACCAGAAGAGCAACGUGGAUGAACCUACAUCAGCCGCAGCUGGAGGCAAACUGUCCUUCAAAUGCCAAGUUGCCAAAGGGUGUCCAGUCAGCCCAUCCACGUCUUCAUCAUCUCAUGAAGUCAAACAGCAGCGGCCUUCAACAUGCACUAAUGUUCAGACUAUCACAAAAACUGUUCAAUCAACACACAAACCACAGUGUUCUUCAGAGACCCCAGGCAAGCGCAACCUUAAGACCAUGGAUCCAGAGAUCAUCACGCUCGAGGGUCCAGAAUUGAGUUCUGAAAGCCUUCCAGUUAUCUCAUCAGUUUUUUCUCUUUGUCCUACACCCAAGUCAACUCAAAGCAUCUCAAAGUCCUCGCCAGAAAUGCAACGCUGGACAGUGGCAAUGAAAGAGCCGAAGGACGAGGUGAAGAGUGCAGAGAAAUCGCUGGUCUGUAGUAUUCUGAUUAAAAAGGAGGAUACUGAGGAGAAACCAAAAGGUGCUUCUGCAGGUCUCAAAGAAACAAAGAGAGCGAAUAAGACUAGUAAAGGCUCUGCAAUAUCUAAGACUCAUGGUCAAGUGAAAAGAUCAGAAAAAACCCUAAACACAAACCACUUAAAACGAUCUCCAAAUUUGACUCAACCAUUGGUUUUGCCAAACCAGAGCAUCGUCCCAUCAAACAAAGAUGACAUUUCACAUCAAGACAAGGGAAAUUCUGAACAUGAGUCUGGCCAAAAACACCAUUCCUGUGUUUCCAACAUGUAUCCAAGAGUAGCUUUGUUCAGGAUUCCCAGUUCUCUGUUGGAACCCAACAAGAAGCUUCCGGAAGCGCCAGCUCGCGAGGAGAGUUUGACGGCGCGACCGGUUCUCUGCUGCGCUCUAAGCAAGCAGAACGUCUCCGGAAGUCCUGAAGUGGCCAUCAAGCUGAUACUAAAGAGAAACCUUUGUGAAAGAGAAGAGAAGUACCAAGACUCGCCACCACGUAAAAAACACAAGAAAGAAAAGAGAAAAGCCAAGAAACGCAGGUCAUCGUCGGUUGGGAUGAACCUUCCUCAAUUAUCAAACAAAGGUCAUCAAGAACUGAGGUUAACUCCUCUGAAAGCGGAUCAGCGCAUCAAGCUUCCCGGUCCGAACCAGCCGGUUGUGGUUCUGAACCACCCCAAUCCUUCAGUUCAGAGUGUCAGUGUUGGCAUCCAAACCCUGAAGAACUAUAAGUGGGUUCGCUCAGUGGAUCACGAGCAGGAACAGCCAGCAAGGAAACAGCCUUCAUUCAAGAUGAAACUCAAGAAAGUUCAUGGACAGAAGUAUCAGGUAAUCGAGUUCGUUCUAAAGGGAGUCUCGGAGAAACCCCUCUCGUAAAGACUAGCUACAUUCCCUUGUAGAUAUUUCACAUAUUGCUUUUUUACAAUUUUAGAAAACCCAUGUGAGAUUUUUAAGUUUAACAGUAAUAAAGCUGGUUAGUGGAAAAUUUGAAAUUCAAUGCCAAUAAACAUUUCGUCAAAUAUGUUGUGAUUAGACUGACCAAGUAAUAGCUGUUCUGGUCAAAAUAUAGUUGGGAAUAAAAAUAACUUCUUUCAAUAUUACUUACCCGGUCCUGCCAUGGAGCACUUGACACCAUCAAUGACAAACAUGCUCAUAUAUAUGUAUAAUAUACGUAUAAAGAGAGAUUUAAAAAAAAAAAAAAAAAAAAUGUAAAUGUAAGAAGGUAAGAACUCCGAAACCAAGGGGUUUCAAACAA